AUGGCCUUCUGGUCACAGCUUCUCAGGGUACCAGAGGUGCCACCAGGCCCAGCAUGUAGCCCCCAGGGCCCACUAGACAGGCUGCUUCCACUGGGACCUGAAUCCGCGGACCUCAAAGGAGAAGUCACAGCCAAGAAGUUAUCACCAAGCAGUCCAAGAGGCCCAGCAGCAAAGCUGGAGGUGAGAUCUGAAGAAAGCUGGAACCAUGCUGACGUUGUGCGCUACGAAGAAGCAGACUCCACUCCUAGAAAGCCCGCCAUCAAUGCCCAUGAGAGAGAUGGGGUUCCCCAAAUCUGCCGUGUAUGUGGGGACAAGGCCACUGGUUAUCACUUCAAUGUCAUGACAUGUGAAGGAUGCAAGGGCUUUUUCAGGAGGGCCAUGAAACGCAAUACCCGGCUGCGGUGCCCCUUCCGGAAGGGCACCUGCGAGAUCACCCAGAAGACCCGGCGACAAUGCCAGGCCUGCCGCUUGCGCAAGUGCCUGGAGAGCGGCAUGAAGAAGGAGAUGAUCAUGUCCGACGCGGCUGUGGAGCAGAGGCGGGCUUUGAUCAGGAGGAAGAAGAGGGAACGGAUCGGGACUCAGCCCCCCGGAGCCAAGGGUCUGACAGAAGAGCAGCAGAUGAUGAUCAGGGAGCUGAUGGAUGCUCAGAAGAAAACCUUUGACACCACCUUCUCCCAUUUCAAGAAUUUCCGGCUGCCUGAGAUGCUUAGCGGUGGCCAUGAGUUUCCAGAGUAUUUGCAGUCUCCAUCAGGGGAAAAAGCUGCCAAGUGGAGACAGAUCAGGAAAGAUCUGUACCCAGUGAAGUUCUCUCUGCAGCUGCGGGGGGAGGACGGCAGCAUCUGGAACUACAAACCCCCAGCCGAGAGCAGCGGGAAAGAGAUCUUUUCCCUGCUGCCCCACAUGGCUGACAUGUCCACCUACAUGUUCAAAGGCAUCAUCAACUUUGCCAAAGUCAUCUCCCACUUCAGGGACUUGCCCAUUGAGGACCAGAUCUCCCUGCUGAAGGGGGCCACCUUUGAGCUGUGCCAACUGAGAUUCAACACAGUGUUCAACGCAGAGACCGGGACCUGGGAGUGUGGCCGGCUGUCCUACUGCCUGGAAGACCCUGCAGGUAGCUUCCAGCAGCUUCUCCUGGAGCCCCUGCUGAAAUUCCACUACAUGCUGAAGAAGCUGCAGUUGCACAAGGAGGAGUACGUGCUGAUGCAGGCCAUCUCCCUCUUCUCCCCAGACCGCCCCGGCGUGGUGCAGCGCAGGGUGGUGGACCAGCUGCAGGAGCGAUUCGCCAUCACCUUGAAGGUCUACAUCGAGUGCAACCGGCCCCAGCCCGCCCACCGGUUCCUGUUCCUGAAGAUCAUGGCUAUACUCACUGAGCUUCGCAGCAUCAACGCCUACCACACCAAGCGGCUGCUGAGCAUCCAGGACAUACACCCCUUCGCUACCCCGCUCAUGCGGGAGCUGUUCAACAUCUCAGAUGGCUGAGUAGCUGCCCCUUGGGUGAGCCCCCGUGGGGCAGCCAGAGCCAGAGCCCUUGGAGCCGCCACUCCUGGGGCUCUGGGACAGAUGGACACUGCUGAGAGCCCACAGUGCGCUACAGGUCCUUCCUCCACAGGGAACUCACAACGACAGCUCUGAGGAUGCUGGUUAGCAUUCCUCAGGAAGGGGACAUGGGUCCUCCCAGCUCCCAGCUCAGUCUGUGGAGAACAAAGCCAUCGACCCUUAAAUGGAGAGUGCACUAUAGGUCAGGCCCAUUGAUAGGCAAGGCCACCCUCCCCUUAGAAAGCCCUGUGGUCUGGGGAUUUAGUGUUAUGGUGGGAGAGGGGAAAGGUGGCUGGGGUUGGGCCAUCAGAGGGGCUGUGCCCACACCCAAGUUCAUUAGCUUCUUGGGUAUUUUCGCUGCUACCUCUAGUACACCUGUCUCCCACUUCUUACUCAUUCCCAACCCACAGCCUCCUGUCCUGAGCUGCUCUGUGAGUUCCAGGCCUGUGUCCAUCAGCAGGUGCAUUAAUGACUGUGGGAGUAUUCUAGAGAGAAGCCAGAAGCCUGCAUCAAAUGUCAGAAGCUGCUCAUGACUUCCUUCUGUGUCUCUUCUUCCCUCCUUCUGGCACCUCAUUCUGUGUCUCUGUAUCCAUUCAAACAUGGUAUUAAGCGCCAAUAAUAAGCAACCUGCUGUGGGGUAUACAACACUGACUCAGACAUGGACUCUGACCUUGAAGACUUUAUGGUUCAGUAAAGAAAACAAAGCAGAAACACACACAACUUUGAUCAAAAGGAGAAGUGAUAAGUGACGUAAGCGGCACAGGGAAUUUCUUCGUGUGGAUGCUGAGCUACGCUGGGUUCUCUGUGCACUCGGG